AUGGAACAAGGCGUGACCACGAUUCCUGAGACCGAUGCGGCUGCCGACGGGUUCCCUGAAGGUGGACGAGAAGCUCUCACGGUGCUGUUUGGCAGCUGGUGCGUUCUCUUAUGUACCUACGGUCUGGGCAACAGCAUCGGCGUUUUCCAGACAUACUACGUCAAUGAUGCGCUUCGAGAGUAUUCUUCAUCCACUGUAUCAUGGAUCACCAGUUUCAUGCAAUGGACCAUGAACUUCUUGCCCAUCAUUUGGGGAUUUGUCUUUGACAAGUACGGGCCACGAUGGAUCCUCUUCGGCGGUACCAUCACGUAUGUGUUUGGCAUGAUGAUGGAGUCUUUGGGCACCAAAUACUAUCAUUUCUUCCUCGCUCAGGGCAUCGUCUGUCCCAUCGGCGCGAGCGCAGUGACCAGCGCCGCCAUGUCUUGCCUCGUCACCUGGUUCCAUCGCCGACGCGGGAUGGCCUUUGGCAUUAUGAUGUCUGGAUCCUCUUGCGGUGGCAUCAUCUUGCCCAUCAUGAUUCCCAAGUUGAUUGACAGGGUCGGUUUCGGUUGGGCGAUACGCUGCGUUGGCUUCAUGUUUCUGUUCCUCCUCAUCAUCGCCAACUGCACAGUCAGAUCUCGGCUCAAGCCAGAACAAAAGCCAGUAGACAUGAAGGAGUACUUCCGGGGUAUUCGAGAACCAACCAUGAUGUCGACAGUCUUCGGGCUCUUCUUGGUCUUCCUCGGUCUAUUUGUUCCGUACAACUUUGUGAUUCUACAAGCUAGAGCUCAAGGCAUGGACGAGGAAUUGGUCAUUUACCUGCUGCCAAUCAUGCACGCCGUUGGAAUCGUCGGGCGUAUCGUCCCAGGCUUGUUGGCUGACAGAGUCGGCCGAUACAACAUCAUGAUUACCAUCGCCACCCUUACGGGGAUUGCUUGUUUAGCGCUCUGGAUCCCGAUCAAGAAUGACGCCGGAAUUCUCAUCUUUACAGCAGCAUUCGGCUUCUGCUCAUCUGGUCUGACAUCUAUCGGGCCCACCCUCAUAGCUCAGAUCUCUGACAUCAGAGAAAUUGGUGCUCGAACCGGUACGGCGUUCGCAUUCCAGUCUUUUGGUGCUCUCACGGGCAGUCCUAUAGCGAGCGCAAUUGUUGAUGCACGCGGAGGUGACUAUCUCGGCUUGCAACUGUUUUGCGGGUUGGCCAUAUUUGCAUCAGCAGGUGUUUUUGCAUCGGCGCGGUAUUUUCAGAGUGGUGGAUUCAAGCUACAAAAGGUUUGA